GCCGCAUUGCUGCAGUAGGGAUAUAUCAAAAGGUACCCGAUUACAUACAACAUUGAAGGUGAAGUCAGUGUAGGAUGUAGUUUCUACUUACCGUGGGUAUUAAUUCUCUGUCAUGAAAAAUGACUAUUAUAGGAAAAUCCCCCUUCUGCUCUUCUUGCCUUCAGAUUUUUGACUCCUCCACAGAGCCUUCGAGUCUAACUUCAGUUUUUCACAUACGCCCUGAUUUUGCGAAGGCCCAUCACCAUUCUAUCGCCUCACUGACGCAUGCAGUGGAAGCCAAAUGUCCUAUAUGCGUUGCGGUAGCUGCCGCCUUGCCCCCUGAGCCCAUCUCUGUCUUGCCAGAUAAAAAUGCGACCAGCUUUCAUAUCACCAAGCACAAAGACGAAUUUCAAAUCACAAUUUUCAUCAAUGUCAAUAAUUUGAAAAGACCAGUUUUCUUUAAAGCGGCUCAAGUGGAAAGAAGUCGAGGUAAUCAUGACAAUGAGCUCGAAGGGUUGAAUCUCUGCCACCACUGGAUCAUGGACUGUGUACGUUCCGAAAGUCCUGAGUUUCACAGCUCGUGCCGGAACCAUCGCACCAGAUCGCAAAAAGCCCUGAGACGUCCUUCCCGUCUUAUUCAGUUAAGCAAAGAAGGCGACGAUGCAGAGCUGUCUUAUACGAUUCGCGAGUAUAUUCCAGGCCAACAGCCAUCGACGGGCUCGCUCUAUGUCACAGUCAGCUGUCCAGACUGGACCGAUGACAUGGCGGCUAGCGGAGAGCUCAGACUUGAGAACGUGCACUCGUGGACUUCGACUUCGCUACUCCCAGGCUGUCUCCGCCAGGCUGCACAAAUUGCAUUUGAUGCUGGCGUUCAAUGCCUUUGGGUUCCUAAGCUCGACCCUAGUUAUACCAAAGACCCAAUCACUACCGCGCACAUAUUUGCUGGAGGUGUAUUUAAUAUCGCCUCUAUGACUUGUGCAAAGUUGUCUGACCCUCUGCUGUCCUCGAGUAGGGAAUUAAGCAGAAUGCCUGUUGUUAGACCGCAAUGGGCCCCGGAGCAGAAACUUGCAAUAUAUAGGAACGAGGGUUUCCAGGAUUCAGUCACUGGUUCUCUCCUGUGGAACUCGGCUCUCUUCUACCAAGCGACUCUCCUCUCCCCUGCCACUCUUUACUGUGGGAAAGACCAGCUCUGGUGGCAAUGCUAUCACGGACGAGGAGCAUUGUGCAGUGAGGCCCUCGCUGUGACUGGUAACCACUGUAGGAGUUCUGAUAAUCAAGAAGAGAUUCUUGGCCAGCUUGCAGUACACAAGCCCUCCAUGUGGGGGCACUACAAAUCAUAUGCGAACUUUGAUCCACCAGUGUCCGUUUCUGAGGCGGGUUCGUCAAACGAUGCCAAUUUUCUUGGGUUUGAGUCAUUCCAGAAAUGCCUGGCUGCAAUGUGGACAAAGACCAUCGCAGCAUAUUCCAUGACUAGUAUACAAACAACGGAAGACAGAGCUGCCGUGAUCAAUAGUAUAGCUGAAUGUGUACCGCUACUGGCUGCGCCCGGGGCUGCUGGCCUCUUUGACUCUCUGACAUAUGCCCACGGCUGUUGGUCUGCAGACCUCGUGGAACAACUUGCUUGGGACGUUGUAUGUGAUUAUGGCGAGGGCAGCCGAGGGCUUCCUUAUCGGAACAAUACUACGGAUCGCUUUCCAACAUGGUCGUGGCUAAGCAUUCCUGGAAGAGUGAGCUUUGCGUUCCCGAUCUCGACGCACCCUAGGAUUACUACGAGCAGCAUGCUACCCGACGAACCUUUCCUUUCUCCGGUAGCGAAGGCGCGCUUCUCUACUGCUGAAGAAUAUAGCGCUAUUGGAGUUGCUACUUCUGGUAGUGCGCGAGCUUGCGGAAGUCUAAUUCCUGCGAGAGUGCAGGCUCUGACUGCAGAGGAAUACUUCGCUGCAUUGCAGCUAGAAGGUCUGGGGAGAGGGCAUGUGAAAUGGGACUGCCGCGACGAGCUCGACCGUGCUCUCAAAGGGAGGGGGGAGAAUGAGAGCGAUGCGUAUCGUGCUUGGCCUAUAUAUGCCCACCAAUACGAAGAUCGUGGGGUACUUGGGGUCAGAGGCCUGCUGCUGCGACGGAUUGAAAAUGGCCAGUGCCAAGUAUUUGUCCGCUGUGGUUGGUUCCAGUACCACGGUCAAGCCGAAGGUGAUAAGGAUGAGCCUUUGGUGUUGGAUAAAACUGUGGUGUUUCAACAAGGCGAUGAGGCGGGUUUAGAGGAGGAAUUCAUAAUCGUUUGAAAUAAUUAAAUGCUUAUCUCGACUUGUAUCCUGCAUGAACAUCUGUAAAGUGUAAACCCCUCGAAAAAGGGGGGUAGGUUUGUGGAUAAGGCCAAUGCAGCUUACAUGCAUAUCUCAGACUCUCUUAGUAGCAUAUUCAAAUACCAAGCACUUUGGA